AUGAUGAGCUGUCUCAACGACGACAGAUUCGGCCCGCUCGUGGUCGGCUGCCGCGAUGAUUUUGACUUCACAAAAACGUUUGAACAGCUGGCUCUGUCAGUCGUGCCCAACAUUUUAUUCAUCAUCAUCGUCGCCACACGCAUGGUCAAGCUGGCCAAGACAUCGGCCAGCACCCAUGCACCCCGACUGCUUCUGGUCAAAACCCUCGCCGCCUGCACUUUCUUUGGACUCAAUUGCACGUACCUCGUCCUUCAAAUCACCAAAAACAACUAUGGUGGCCGGCAAAAUAUUCUCGCUGCCGCCCUGGCCACCGCGUCUUCUGCCGUCUUGGUCCUCUACUCGCGGCUGGCGCAUGCAAGGACGCAGAAGCCCUCGGACACAAUCACCAUAUUCCUGUUUGUAUCGUCCAUCUUCGAAGCGGUUCAGCUCCGCACGCACUGGCUGUCGUUGGCGCCAGGCCCUCUCACAGGGUCCUUCGCUGCCAUUACUGCCUGGACAUUCGUUCUGUUGGUGCUCGAAUUGACGAGCAAAUCGACCAAGACGGCAAGAUCAGCCUUCUCCCCGGAAGAUAAGACCUCGGGCUCAGCCUUGGGCAAUGCCUUCUUGUGGUGGCUCAACGACUUGAUACGGUAUGCCUACGGACACCAGAUCGGACCCGACGAUCUCUACCCCCUCGACAAAGACUUGGCGGCAGAAAAGCACCGAACCCGAUUCAUGUCCCGCUACCGUACAAUUCAGUCCAAAGAAGCGAAACAAAUAAAGCGAGCCUAUGGGUGGAAAGUGGCUCGUGCCCUGGUAUGGGCUCUUGGAACCAGCUGUGUUGCACCUGCGCUGCCGCGCAUAGCAAUGUCGGCAUUUGGGUUCGUGCAUCCGUUCUUUAUCAAGUCCAUUUUGGAUAACCUGAGCCAUACCAAAUCAUAUCUGCCUGCUGGCACUGCAGUUGCCUAUGUAGGCAUCAUUCUAUUCCUCAAUGUCGGAAAGGCCAUGGCAACAAGCAUCUACGGGUACUACCAGGAGCGCGCAGUUGCUCAAGUGCGCUCGUGCCUAGUGCCUGCGCUCUACCAGAAAACUGUGCGGCGCAAAGUGUACUCAGAAAGGAGCUCCUCUGUUCUCAGCAUGAUGAACUCGGAGAUGAACUUGAUCCAAUUUGGUGUCAAAAACGCUCACGAAUUUUGGAUCUGCGUCCUCGAGAUCAUCCUCGCCAGCUGGCUCCUGAAAAGGCGCAUUGGCUGGGCCUUUCUAGCACCGCUUGCUGUGGUUUUGAUGUCAGCAGGCACUUCCACGCUGGCUGGCCGGUUCACUGCUAAAAGACAAGGCGCGUGGAUGGAGGCUCUGGGCACCCGCGUGGGGUUGGUAUCCUCUGUCCUGGCAAAUCUACCCUCCAUCAAAAUGGCAGGCCUGGGCAAUCAGAUAGGCCGUGUUGUUCAACUGUCAAGAGAGCAUGAGAUUAAAUUGGGAAACCGAUUCCGAUUGCUUAGCACCUCUACUGCUACCAUUGCAUUUGUGCCCAUGGUCUUCUGUCCCAUCGUCACCUUCACUGUCGCUCGCAAGUCACUCACCAUGAGCGAAGUUAUGACCUCGCUUGCGUUCAUCAAUCUCCUCUCGAAUCCUAUGAUACACAUUUUGCAGUAUGUCCCUUAUGUUAUUGGCGCCAUUACCUCUGUUGGCCGCGUCGAAGCAUUCUUGGACUCGGAAAACGACGAUGGCCAGGUCCUGCCCGUCUAUCGCGAUAAUGUUGACGACUCAGGGGCCCAUGGAGCCAUUGAGCUUGUCGAUGCCAGCUUUGGGUGGCACGAGAACGAUUGGCCAGUGCAGGACAUUAACAUCUCUAUGCCCUCUGGUGCUUUUAAUUAUGUUGUGGGACCCGUCGCGGCUGGUAAAACGACCCUUUGUCUUGGACUUUUGGAUGAGGUCAAGUACAGGAAGGGACAAGCUACACUGCGUCGAAGACGGCAACUUUCUUACUGCAGUCAAGAUGUAUUCAUCAUCAAUGGCACCAUCCGAGAGAACAUUGUCGGCUUCGCUGUAUUCAAACCUGCUCUGUACGAGAAGGUGGUGAAAAGUUGUCAGUUGCAGGCGGACUUUGAAUAUCUCGCCAACGCCGACGAAACCAUUGUCGGCAGUCAGGGGGCCGCCUUGAGCGGGGGCCAAAAGAAGAGAAUAUCGCUGGCCCGCUCUCUAUACGCUGAACCACGUGUUGCCAUCUUUGACGAUGUUCUCAGUGGCGUUGACUCACACACGGCGAAGAAGAUUGCUCAUGAGGUCUUUGGGCCUGAAGGAGUCCUCAGAAAAUCCAACACUACAGUCAUAUUCGCCUCUCAGUCUACAGAGUUCAUUACUUUGUUCGACGAAGUUUUGGUUCUGAAGAACGGUAAAGUGACGUGGUCUGGCCCCUCGGCACAGCUGCCUGCUGAUGAGCGCAGCGAAAGCUCCUUGUCUACGAUGAAGUCAUCUUCGCAGCCUAACACUGUCGACGAUGAUAAAAUGCCACAAAAGUCUGCGGCAAAGGUAACCUCGGGAACUCUGCCCAUGGUCCCGCCAGGCCAUAGCGAUGACUACAGUUUCUAUUUUGCUGCGGUCGGCCCUUGGACUUUCGUCACCUUCUUCCUACUCGCCGUUUCAUCGACAUUUUUAUUCACGUUCUCAACCCUCUGGUUGGAGAUUUGGAUGGCGGCAGAAGGAGACACAUCUCGAGAGCGGUUCUACUUUCAAACCUUCUGGGCGUUGCAAGUCACUUGCAUACUAGUCAUGCUGGUAUAUUUUACCUUUACUAGUAAUGUCAUGGGUCCCAAAGCAAGCUCAAAGUUGCACUUUGCAGCCCUCAAGACGAUUUUGCUGGCACGGCUGGAUUAUUAUACCACGGUUGACUCGUCGGUCCCCACUGGAUACAUGUCGCAAGACAUGAGCACCAUCGACAGCCAACUCACCAACUCGGUGGGCAAUACUGUUGCCUCCGUUUUCAUCACUUUCUUCCAGUUCAUAUUGAUUGUCCUUGGAUCACCUGCUGUGCUCAUUGGCUACCCCGUCUUUUCCAUCAUCCUCUUGCGGCUCCAGAGAAUUUUUAUCAGGACAGCCGUGCAGCUUCGGGCCACGGCUAUGGAGGGACGCAACCCACUCAACAAACAUUUCAAGGAAACGCUUGACGGCUUGGUCACAAUCCGUGCCUUUGGUUGGUCCGAAAGCAGCAUCAGUCUAAACGACGAGCUUCUCGAUAAAUCGCAACAGUCUUCGUAUCUCUCUGCAAUGCUCCAGACAUGGCUCAAAACGAUGCUGAACCUGUGCAUUGCCGUUGUUGCCUCGGUAUUUGUUGCCAUUGCAAGCCAACUGCCUACCAGCACUGGGCUGGUGGGUGUUGCACUAGUCACGUUCAUGUCGGCAGGUGAGAUGCUCGGAAAUGUCAUCCAGUCAUACACGGCACUGCAGACGUCAGCGGUUGCGUUGAACAGGCUCAAAUUCCUACAAGAUGGCGUGCCCAGAGAGGAGGAGCCAGAGAAGAAUUUAUCCCCUCCUGAGUGCUGGCCGGCAGAAGGGGAAGUCCAUUUGGAAGCGGUAUCGGCUGCGUACAAAACUAGCACGCCAUACCCAGGAAAAGACCUAGCUCUCGUGGAAGCCAAAGACCCUGAUGAUGCUCUCAAGACCUUGUCGCUACAUGUUAAGAAAGGAGAGACGGCACUAAUUUGUGGUCGAACCGGAAGCGGAAAAUCAACACUGUUACUACUCUUACAGGGCUUCAUCAUCCCUCAUUCCGGAUCUGUGGCCAUUGACGGCACUGCACCAGCCCGUGUUGAUCGCAACACGUUGCGGCAUCGCAUCAUAGCCCUACCGCAGUUUCCAUUCUUCUUGACCAGCGAGUACACUGUGCGCGAAAACCUCGAGCACCACUUUAGCUCUGCCGAGCUCAGCCUUUCAGAUAUUCAAGCAAACAAACAACAAACACCACAAGAUGAGGACUGCAUUUACGCGCUGAAGACUGUUGGACUAUGGGAUGCAUUAUCUGCUCGUGGCGGGCUGGAUGUGCCGCUCAAGGAAGGGUCGCUCAGUCGUGGUCAGAAGCAGCUUUUCAGCCUGGCACGAGCCAUUCUGCGUCAGCGACUAAAGACGCGUGUAAGUCAGGGCAGCGGCAACGAAGGCGGCGGGGGACUGCUGUUGCUCGACGAGUUCAACACUGGGCUGGACUCGUCGACGGAGUCACUGAUGUGGGAUGUCAUCAAGGCCGAGUUUAAUUCUUGCACAAUCAUUUGUGUCGCGCACCGACUCGGCGCCGCGUCGGACUUUGACCACGUGGCGGUGCUCAGCCACGGGCGCAUUGCUGAGGAAGGCGUGCCGUCGGUGCUGUUGGAGGAUUCUACGAGCAAGUUCCGGGCGAUAUGGAGCAUGAGGGAAAUCUAG